CUCUCACUCUCACUCUCACUCUCACUCUCUUUCUCUUCAUUAAAUCCAGACCGGCCACGCCGCUUGACCAACCAUGCCAUCAGCAUCAGCAUCUGAAUACCAAAUCCACGGCCAAACCCGAUUCCCCUGGACAGACCUCGCUGCGCUCCAGAACCUGCGUCUCAACACCUCCGUCCCCAAACCGGACAAAACCCAGAUUCCCCCUGGUCAUGUAUUAGUCCGGAUCCGUGCCGCAGCCCUCAAUGCAAGGGAUAUGAUGGUUAUUGCGCAUGAUCCUAUCUACCCCGGUCCGCAUGUGCCUGAUUUGGAGGUUGCGACGAAGGGUGCGGGGGGUGAGCAGGGAACGCUGAGGGAGUAUGGGGUUUUGCCAGACAACGAGCUCAUUCUCGCACCACCCCAUUUGACAUUCGAGGAACUCGCCGCUAUGCCCGCAUGUGGUGCCACAGCCAUGCACGCCCUGUUCUGCGGCCCCAAGAAGCUGAAACCGGGACAGACGGUGCUAGCUAUGGGGACGGGUGGGGUUAGCUGCUUCGUUAUCCAGCUUGCCCACGCUAUUGGCGCAACCGUCAUCGCGACAUCCUCAACCGAUGCCAAACUCGGCAAGGCCAUAGAAAUGGGCGCAGCGUAUACGGUCAACUACACCACUUCUCCUUCCUGGUCUACCGAAGUCCUGCGCCUUACACACGGCCUCGGUGUCGAUCUCGUUGUCGACAUCGGCGGCGCAACCACUCUCCAGGAAUCGGUGAAAGCAGUGAAACGCGGUGGCCAAGUUUCGUUGGUGGGCUUUUUGGGCGGAAGUACGAAGGCGGAUUUAGCGGAUUUGGUAGCGGAUGUGAUUUUUGGUGGGAAGACGUUGUAUGGGGUGUUUAAUUUUACAGCGGAGAUGACGGAGAGGGCGGUGCGGAUGGUGGGGGAGAAGGAGAUCAGGCCUGUGGUGGAGGUGUUUGAAUGGGAGCAAGCAAGGGAGGCUUUUGAGAUGCUGAGCAAGCAGGUUGCGGUUGGGAAGAUUGUUGUUAAGGUU